AUGGUCAAGCUUGAGGAUUUUGCCGUUGAGCAGUGGAUGGACAAGUAUGAAACUACGGCCAAGUUUAACACUGCGGAAACCUGUUGUGCCUCAGUCUCGGUUGACGACCUCCGCGCUCUGUCCGAGGAUAAGGAGUCAGACCCAUUGGGCAAGCUCCAAUCCACCAAGCUCACCUACGGCGCCAUCCGAGGCUCAGAUCAAUUGAGAGAAACACUCUCCAAUCUCUACUCGGCCAAAACAGCAGCACGUUUACCCAAAGAUAAUGUUUUGAUCACGGCGGGCGCGAUCCAAGCCAACUUUCUCGUUCUGUACAGCCUGGUAGGCCCGGGAGAUCAUGUCAUCUGUCACUACCCGACAUAUCAGCAACUCUAUUCAGUGCCUGAGUCGCUCGGCGCGGAAGUUAGUCUUUGGAAGUCCAAAGAGGCCGAUGGGUGGCAACUCGACCUCGAGGAGCUGAAAGCGAUGAUCAAGCCCAACACCAAAAUGAUCAUUAUCAACAACCCUCAGAACCCAACCGGAGCCAUUAUUCCCCAUGACACUCUAAAAGGUCUAGUCAAUAUCGCCCGUGAAUCCUCCAUCAUCAUAUUCUCUGAUGAGGUAUAUCGCCCUCUCUUCCACAACAUCAGUCCCAUGGAUCCGCAAUUCCCGCCAUCUCUUCUAUCGUUUUGCUAUGAACACAGCAUUGCAACCGGGUCGGUCUCCAAGGCAUACAGCCUUGCGGGGCUUCGAGUGGGAUGGAUUGCCUCUCGAAGCAGCUCACUGAUUGAGAAAUGUGCCAAUUCCCGUGAUUAUACCACAAUCUCAGUCGGACAGAUCGGCGAUGCGGUUGCCAGCUUUGCACUCGCCCCCGAAUGCAUCCACAACCUCCUCAGACGUAACAUCGAACUUGCCCGGACCAAUCUCGCCAUUCUAGAGAAGUUCAUCGACUCUCACCGAUGGGCGUGUGACUGGACCAAGCCUAAGGCGGGAACGACCGCAUUUGUCCGGUUCACGAAGAUGGGGAAGCCCAUUAAUGACGUCGCCUUCUGUGAGACCUUGCAGGAAAAGAGCGGCGUGAUGUUUGUGCCGGGUAGUCUUUGCUUUGGCGGAGGUGAGGAUUUCCAGGGGUAUGUUCGCAUUGGAUACGCGUGUGAGACAGAGGUACUGGAGAAGGGGUUGGAGGCACUCCGAAUCUUCAUGGAGGAUGAAUAUGAGAACGUACCAUCGAUGAAGAAGGUGAAGUCAGCGCAAUAG